GUCACGUGGACUGCCAUUGGAACUGUCAUUCUGGAUAUAUCUAUGUUUGUGGGUGAAGCUGGCUUCCAUGUGGAACUGUCAGAUCAAUGAAGAAGAAACAAUGACAGGAGACAGUCAACUGUCCAUCCCUACUCCAAGCACUUGCAAUGAAGAUAGCUGUUCUAGCGACUACAACGAUGCUUCACCCAUGUUGUGGUCAGUAAAGAGUAUAGUCAACGAAGAUUCAAAAUCGAAUGGCUCGGAUACAGAAACCAAUAGGAGAAAAAGAUACAGCAAACCUCGCACGAGAAGCCGAAGCCCUUCUGGCAUUAUAAAAAUCAAGAAAAAUAGAAGGUUAAAGGCAAACGAUCGAGAAAGAAAUCGAAUGCACAUGUUAAACGAUGCUUUGGAUCGAUUGAGAACCGUAUUACCGACCUUCCCCGAUGAUACUAAACUUACUAAAAUAGAAACUCUCAGGUUUGCCCAUAAUUAUAUAUGGGCUUUAUCGGAAACUCUUAAGAUGUGUGAAAAUAAGGAUCGUGAGAAUAUGGCACUCUAUGGAAGUAAAGAUGUUCCGUCCGGUUCUUCCAUCCACAAUUUGGAUGCCUCUCGAUAGUUAUCCCCCGGGUAGCAUUACAAUUACGAGUAGUAACACGGCAUAAGUAUACUUUAGCCUUCG